AUGGAGAAACACCCUCAUAACGAGGAUGACGACGGCAUUUUAUCGAGGGUUAGUGACGGCGUGGUCCCAUGCAGCGGGUACGAGAUCCUGGACGGGGAGAAAGGCCUAGGCAGUGGCGAUAUGCGAGACAGCAAGACCAAUAUCAGACGAGCCGCCACGGAUCUGCCACGUGCCAAGGCGCCGUACACCCGGCGAUCCGCAUACCUGACGGCCCGGCAACGUGAGGCAUUGGCAUCGAGAUUUUACAACGAGCUGAAGCAGAACACGGUCGUGGGCGAUGACUACAAGGUGCACAUUCAAUCGGACAAGUUCUCUCGGGAACUCCAGGAGGAUUUUCUGCACAUGUUCGCGCAGCCGCAGUACCAGGCGGGGCAUGAGGGCGAGGUGAUAGCGCCGCGUGCGGCGGAGAGCGUAGGGAAGCUGAACAUAUGCAUGCUGAUCGUGGGCACGCGCGGGGACGUACCGCCGUUCAUUGCCAUUGUGCCUUUCCCUCCCUGCCAUCCGCGCUCAGUCCCCCCAGUGCCUUCCCCCCCUGCCAUCCGCGCUCAGUCCCCCCAGUUCCUUCCCCCCGUGCCAUCCGCGCUCAGUCCCCCCAAUGCCUUCCCCCCAUGCCAUCCGCGCUCAGUCCCCCCAGUGCCUUCCCCCCAUGCCAUCCACGCUCAGUCCCCCCAGUGCCUUCCCCCCAUGCCAUCCACGCUCAGUCCCCCCAGUGCCUUCCCCCCGUGCCAUCAACGCUCAGUCCCCCCAGUGCCUGUUGGCUAG